AUGAUUUCUAUUGGUGCACUAGGUCAAACAACGGCUACUGUUGUACAUGAGAUAGCUCAAGUACAUGCUAUGUACGUAUUAUGUGGAGAAAAGAUACGUCAUGAACAAUGGGCCACACAAUGGCCCAAAGUAAAGGGUGUCUUCACGGAUAUUACACCAAUAUGUGAAGCACUCAAACAGGCAGCUCAAGAAUAUAGAUUAUUAUCAUCAAAAUUAGCAAAUAUUGGUUCAUCGUUCUCUCGUCCAUCAUCAACAUAUAGAUUCAAAAGACAUUUAAACCGUAAUGAUACAAUAUCAAUUUUUGUUUUAUUCUACCUUUCAACUUGUUUAUUUGGUGAAGGCACUGGUCCAAAUAUUGAUAAUGUUACUAAAAGUACAAAUAAAGAAACCGAGGGAUCAACUUAUGGAGUGGUUUUUGAAACAGCGGAUAAUUUUUUUGUUAAACAAAUAAAUACACAUAUUACUACUGUUGCUACUUAUCUUGAAAAACAAGUUUGUUUUAUAUUUAUUCUAUUUAAUUGUGUUGAAAAAUUCGUGAUUUUUUAA